GAGGCGGCCGGCAGAGGGCAGGGCGGGCACCAGAAACCCUCUCGGCGAUAUUUUGGUGCCCUGGCGGAGGUGCCUUACAGUGCCACCUCCCUUGCCAUCGCCUUCGUUGCUAAGUCCAAGUCUCUAGACUCAGAGCGUCUCCCGCAAGUCCCUUUGAGGACGAAGAAGAUGAAGUGAAGGUGGGCGGGUGUGUAAGCAUGGAGGCUGAUACGCCCACACAGGCCCACAGGGAGGCGAAAAAGAUCAUCACGGCCACGCCCACCGCAUCCCCCUCUCACCUGUACCUUUAUUGUGCUUAGAAGAAAGAAUAAGAAUAAAUUACAUCUGGCUUCAGCUGAUCAAUACAAAAUGUCCGCCCCACGCACCGUCCGCGGCGGGAAGGAGGACGUGGAGCGAGUGGCCACGCCCCCUUUCCCCGCCCAGUUCUACCCGAUGCCAGGCUACCAGGGCCCCCCGUGGUUUCCAGGCCAGGGCCCCCCUCCGCCCUGGGCCGCGUCGUGGAGCGCUCCCCCCAUGGGCUUCCCGGCGCCCCCCGCGGCCUGGUCGUCCCCGCAGAGCAUGAUGCCGCCCAGCACGACCAACACGACGGCCGCGCUGCCGUCCGACGAGUACACGGUGGACACCAUGCGGCGCAUCUACAAUGACGACGACGGCCGCGUCGAGAUCCAGCGGGUCAAAGUGCAGCGCCGCCCCCCCGACGCGGGCGCGCUCACGUACCCGAGCGGGCCCGAGGCCAUGAGCGUCGUACCCGUCGGGAGCUUUCCCCUGAACGAGCGACGCCCUCCGCCCAGGAAGAAAAAGCAGCUGCAGGCUCUGCAGGCGGCACAGGGACAGGGCUAUCCCUGGUACCCCUACAUGCCGUGCAUGCCGUACCCCGUACCCUACCCCUACUACUACGGCGGGUGCAUGUGGAGCCCAGGCGCGCCUUCGGGCCACAUGGGCAGCGCCCCGGCGUGGUCGGGGCAUGACGAGAGCGAGAGGACGUCGUCGCGCCAGGACUCCCUGCCCACCACCCUGGACUCGCAGCGCCUCGAGUCCCGCACGUCCGACCCCCUGAGGGGCUCCAUCUCCCCCGUGUCCCAGCGCUCGCCCUCGCCCGCCGCCGGCUCGCACGUCACGGACGCCCACAGCAUAGCGCCCUCGGACAGCGUGUCGAUGCGCGGCUACAAGCGGGAGUCGUCGCUGGAGCGCGCGCUCAUGUGCCCGACGCCGCCGCCGCGCACCAAGAGCAGGAGUGCCGAGAGGAAGUCGAGCGCCGACGUCGGCAAGAUGCAGGAGUGGAUGUUCGACAUGCACAAGGCGAUCCUGGCCUCCAACGACGGGGCCUCGGACGCCGACAAGUCCUCCUUCGCCACCGCGCCGACGGACGUGGAUCCCUACAAGAAGCUGCCGCCGAGGAGAAAGAACCGCGCGGCGAGGCUUGCCAACCUGAGCGAAAGGAGUUCCCUGAGCGACCAGAAGGACAUGGACGACGCUCUCGAGAAACGCAGCAUUACAUCAAUCGGGUCUGACGAUUCCCUCAAAUUGAGUUCAGAACUUACUUACGCCUUCAAGAAGUUAGAGCAGUCAGUGGACGCAUUCAAGACGAGGGUUUCGAGCGACUCCACCCCAGUCCACACCCCACAGCGGCUGCCCUCCCCGCCCCCCUUGCAUUCCAGCGGGGAAGAAACGCCCACAGAAGCCAUGGAAGACGCAGUGGUGUCUCUCGACGUCACCGACACCGAAAAAAGCGUCACUCUGGCGAAGUCCGACGCCGCUUCAGAGGACCCUUCUUCCCCUCCUCCACUAGAAACCAUCUCCCCGACAUUCUUCAACGAGGCACAGACCCCACAGGCGCCGAAGGAGGAAGGAGGACAAAUCGUUGCCAAAGCGGAGGAAAUCCCUUCGUCCCAAACCACAUCAGACACGAGCAGUUCUCAGACUUCUGUGGCAACGACUUUACAAACCACAGACGUCAGCGCGACCCAUGCAAGCGAAGCCGAAGCAUCCAAAACAACACCAACAGCCUCAAUUCCCGAAGCCAAGGAGACACCCACAGCAUUGCCACAGCCCACAGACGCAACACCAGUCUCCCCCUCCACAGAAAAGCCGCCGGAGGAAACCCAGAACAUCCCCCAAACAAACGAAACAUCACCUCCCGCCACAGCAAUGGAGAAACAGGUCCUUGCAUCCGACAAAACAGACUCCUCUCACCCUCCUCUUCCCUCGGAAACCGAAGCCAAAGCGAAUGAAGAAGAGGGAAGCGGUCGCGAAUCAAGAGCAAGCGAGAGCACUUUCUUCUCCAUCAGAGCUUCUGACGACCAGCUUCUCGUAGACACAGACUCCACAGACAUCUUGCUGCCAACUACAGAUGCCACCACUGCAGAUGAGGGUGAGGAGCCCGCAGAUUCGGCGGUGGCGAGUCCCACGCUCGAAGACAACGAGGGAUACCAGUGGGUCCUGCAGCAGCCUGGGGAGACUCCGGAGCUCACGGGCGCCAGGGAGGACGAGCAGAGGAAUGCGUGGCGGGCUGAAGUUAGCCUAUGGAGAGCCCGUCUCGUCGUGUCCUUAUGCCGAGGUCGUGGCUUGGACCGCCAGGACUGGUCCACUUUCCACCUGUUGGUCCGCCAUCCUCUCACACUCGACCUCAAGCUCUCCCUCCUGCACGCGCCUCGACUCUGCGCCUCCAACUGGGACGUGGGCGCGCACCCCCGGGAGGUGGCACUCAUCCAUCUGGCACAGUAUGGCGAGGCUCUGUUGCAGCCCGAUUCCUCCAGGCAGACGGGCUGGAGGUCCAUCAAGGUCGAUCCCAACCAGUCGUGGGCUCCUGUCAAGGGCCCCGCCAUGCUCGACUUCAGGCACUAG